ACGAGUUCGACUACAUGUCCCAGAACACACUGCGGUAUCUUGAGCCGUGUGUAUGUGAGGCAAAGAGGAAGAUUUCAGAAUUCGUCUAGAGAAUUGGAGCUGCGCUGUUGUUAAACAGAUAUAAUGGCCUAGCAGUCCAGCUACCUGCUAGUCUUUCCUCACAUAUUCUGAGUGUGUGCUUUGGGUUAUGAGCAGUGGUAAGACUCCUCGUUACAACCGAUACUCCGGAGGAGCAGCGAUAGCUAGCACAGCAACCAUCCCCAGCAGCCCCUCCAGCCCCUCAGCAGACUCUGGCAACGGGAGCAGGAUGGAGGCCUCAUUCGCUCCAACUUUCUCAGCUGCUGGAGCUAAAGCAGAAGGUUCCAGCACUUACAAGCAGCACAGACGGACUCCUUCCUCCUCAAGCACUCUGACCUACUCCCCCCGUGAUGACGACGAUGGAAUGCCUCCCAUCGGUACUCCUCGGAGGUCAGAUUCGGCCAUCUCAGUCCGAUCUCUCCAUUCCGAGUCCAACAUGUCCUUGCGCUCCACUUUCUCUCUGCACGAAGAGGAGGAGGACACGGAGCCGCAGGUCUUUGCCGAGCAGCCUUCAGUCAAACUUUGCUGCCAGCUGUGUUGCAACGUCUUCAAGGACCCCGUCAUCACCACGUGUGGGCACACUUUCUGCAGACGAUGUGCCUUGACUUCAGAUAAGUGCCCUGUGGAUGCAGCGAAGUUAACGGUUGUGGUGAACAACAUUGCAGUAGCCGAGCAGAUUGGAGAGCUCUUCAUCCACUGUAAAUACGGCUGCAGGGCUGUAGGCAGCAGCGCGGCCGGCGCCACGGCCUCCAACACCUCAGUGGCCGGGAAACCUGGAGCCUACGAGGUGGACCCACUGGGCUGCCCGUUCACAAUCAAACUAUCUACACGCAAAGAACAUGAGGCCAGCUGUGACUACAGGCCCGUGCGAUGCCCAAACAACCCCUCCUGCCCGCCGUUGCUCACCAUGAACCUGGAGGCUCACCUCAAAGAAUGCGAACACAUCAAAUGUCCACACUCCAAAUACGGCUGCACAUUCAUAGGCAACCAGGACACAUAUGAAACACACCUGGAGGUCUGUAAAUUUGAGGGCCUCAAGGAGUUUCUGCAGCAGACUGAUGACAGAUUCCAUGAGAUGCAGCUCACUCUGGCUCAGAAGGACCAAGACAUCGCUUUCCUACGCUCCAUGUUGGGGAAAUUAUCUGAGAAGUUGGAUCAACUAGAGAAAAACCUGGAGCUCAAAUUUGAUGUGCUGGAUGAGAACCAGAGCAAGCUCAGCGAAGACCUGAUGGAGUUUCGUAGAGAUGCCUCCAUGCUUAACGAUGAGUUGUCCCACAUCAAUGCCAGGCUCAACAUGGGAAUCCUGGGCUCAUACGACCCCCAGCAGAUCUUCAAGUGUAAGGGGACAUUUGUGGGCCACCAGGGUCCCGUCUGGUGUCUCUGUGUCUACUCCACUGGAGACCUGCUCUUCUCUGGCUCUUCUGAUAAGACAAUUAAGGUGUGGGACACCUGCACCACCUACAAAUGUCAGAAAACCCUGGAGGGUCAUGAUGGCAUCGUGCUGGCUCUGUGUAUCCAAGGUAACAGGCUAUACAGUGGCUCUGCAGAUUGCACCAUCAUUGUGUGGGACAUUCAGACACUCCAGAAAGUCAAUACUAUCCGUGCCCAUGACAACCCUGUAUGCACACUGGUCUCCUCCCACAACAUGUUGUUCAGCGGCUCCCUCAAGGCCAUCAAGGUUUGGGACAUCGUGGGCACUGAGCUGAAGCUGAAGAAGGAGCUGACAGGACUGAAUCACUGGGUUCGAGCACUGGUGGCCUCCCAGAACCACCUGUACAGCGGCUCAUAUCAGACCAUCAAGAUUUGGGACAUCCGCUCUCUGGAGUGUGUUCAUGUCCUGCAGACCAGUGGGGGCAGCGUCUACUCCAUUGCUGUCACCAACCACCACAUCGUCUGUGGCACCUAUGAAAACCUCAUCCACGUGUGGGAUAUUGAGUCUAAAGAGCAGGUGCGGACCUUGACAGGUCACGUGGGAACAGUUUACGCUCUGGCCGUCAUCUCCACCCCCGACCAGACCAAAGUGUUCAGCGCUUCCUAUGACCGCUCCCUCAGGGUGUGGAGCAUGGACAACAUGAUCUGCACCCAGACUCUGCUGAGACACCAGGGUAGUGUAACAGCGCUCGCCGUUUCCAGAGGGCGCCUCUUCUCCGGAGCUGUCGACAGCACCGUCAAGGUGUGGACUUGCUAAACGAACCGUUGGCUCCACAGGCGUCCAGCCCACUUCACCUCCCGUUAACGUUUCCACGCAGUUCCCGCCUCAGCACGCAUUUCUUUGAUUGUGAUUUACACACUCCUUAGUGGCCUCAUCCACCUGUGCAUUACAGGGUACAGCAAGACAAAGCUGCCUUACGGUUGCACCACACUGGACUGACUGGACGCUGCACUCCAUUAACCCGAGCAGGGUGUGGAGAGGACUGCGGCUGUGCUUUUUUUUUCACACAGUCAACGGUCCUGCCGGCUUCCUGCAGACGAACUUCACCCAUGAUACCCAACACAUACUGUUUAAAUGAAUUUAAAGGCUGGCUUCACUACCCUGGGUAGACCCCAUGCAGAUACCGUAUGUUUAUUACGUCAUCGAUGAUUUAAGGUUGUAUAAGUGAGCAAAAGGCGUUAUUCUGGGCAAAGGUUUGCAUCCACGGCGUGUCAGGACUCCGAAUGUUUCAUUUUAAUAAUUUUGACAAACCCUCUGCCUGGUUAGCAAACCACGAGAGCAGCACUCCACAUGUGCAAACAUCGUCCAGCAGCUGUUUGUCCAAAGUGCCAGCUAACAAAAUAACUGCAAGAGAUUCUCAAUCUCAAGAGUUUUAAUCCUGUUUAAAAAAAGGUAAAUUGAUACUUAGUUAAAUAUCAGUUUAUUUCCGUUAAACAGUGAAAUUAUAAUGAAUAAAGUUAAAUUAACUUAUGUUUGUUUAUGGCAGUGUGUGCAAUAAAAAAUAAUAUAUUUAUGAAUUAUAUAGUAUUAUGUACAGAAUCAGAGCUGAUAAAUCACAUUAACUGUUACCAGAUGUUGGGCUGACACCUUCUUCUUCUUCUUCUUCGUUUUUGAAACCUGAGCCACAUGUUGAUGUUUCAGGGCCACAGCAGUCAGCACUUUUGUUAAUCCAGCCUGCACAUUUUUUAUAUUUCCUUUCUUAAAUGUCGACUUUUCUCCUCAAACUAGCUUCACUGAUUUCAAAACGAUGCACCUCGAGGUAAAAACUCAACCGGGUAGUGCACACGAUUCUACUACUUACACUCCGUUCACACUCCAUCAGAUAACUGAUCUCAGUGUCCGCCUGAGUAGCAUCAUAAAUCAAUUUCUAAGCAGUCCAAGAUUGAAGAAAGUGUCUCCCUUUCAGCUGAAGCUUCACGUUGGUGGUCACCCAGUCCAGUGUUGUGAAACCAGCCUUUCGAAAAACACUUUUUAACGAAGCAAAGACUUUUAAGAGAAAGAUCUAUAGAUUUAGAGUUUUACAUUUGUGCCAUGAUGGAGAUGUAUUGAGAGCAACUCGACGGUUGUAAAGUCGUGUAAGAUAACAGAUAGGACGACUCACCCGGCCUGCAGGGCGGAGCGAGAAGGACGACCUGCGUGCAUGCACGUGCCUGUUAUUGUCUAUACAUGAGUGUUUCAAUGAGUGCCAUAUGUGUGGAUGAAAAAUAAGGAACAGCUGUAAUGAUGCCUUUUCCUCACCUCUGUAUGUCCCUCCCUCCUCCUCCACCACAGAGUAACACAAACAGUUGACUGCAAUUAACAUUAACUCCCACCCCGACGAAAAGGCGCCUGUGCUUUCCUAAAUGAUGUGUAAGGACCCAUAUUGGGUUGACAGUACAGCAAAAGGGUUGAAAUAUUCCUGUGAGGAUAGUCGGUGAGAUUCAGAGACUAAAUCCGAGUUUCACGGGUGUUUAAUUGUUUGACUGCAGCCUCGGUGAGGGAGGCAGAGGAAGGGAAGAGAGGAAGCAUCUUCAUUGGUCACACUUUAAGUGAUUUCUUGUAUACUUGUAAUCAUGUAAGCCUAAGUUGAUCGUUGAUCAAUUAAAGUGUUGUACACUUGG